CAGGCUGUGAGGUAAAAAUAGGAAGACUAUUGAAUCUUCUUCCCUAGAUUUCAUUGCAGUCCGAAAAUCCGAAUGCACGGUGCCAAAAGUCCGGGAAAAAAUUUGGUGCCAAAUCUUGUAACAUUUGGCCCACUAUUUGAAUCCUUCUGAUAAAGAAUUCACCCAACUGCUAAAAGCUACGAAUGGAGGAUUUGGAGAGCUUUUGGUCACUUUUUGGCUGUAAACCUUGGGAUUAAGGGCUUUCUUGCGCAGUUGUAUAAAUUCCCGGGUUUCUGCUUCAUGCCUGCGGAUUCAAGAUUUUUGUCAUCAAUUUUCUCGUUUCUCUAAGGAUUCGAGAGUUUCCAUUUUCGCUUUCAGAAAUCUGUGAUAUUGCUGUUAAAGUGGAGAUGCCGACAACAUUAAAGAACCCAAUUUCUUGUGGUGAGUUUUUUCAAUGGGGAGUCCGGAAGCGUACGGUAAGGGAGAAACCACAAGAAAAGAAGGACGAGACGAUUGUGGAGAACAAAUCCACCAUUUGUGCGGACAGACUUGCUGCUGCAGGGAUAAUCCCCUGUUCCCCACAAGAACAGUGUCUUCAAAUCCCCUGCUCCCCACAAGUACACUGUCAUCAAAUCCAAUCAGCCCUUGAUAAAAUGAUAGCACUGCCCUCCAAUAAAAGCUUUCAUCCCCUGCCAUCUGCUCCAGAAGGAAGUAGCAGAUCACAGCACCGGAUGAAUAAUAUAAUGUGCACCAGGAGCAGCAAUAAUCCAGAGGGAAGGAACACUAUCCAAGACAACAAGCCCUUGAAUCUGGACACUUUUGUUUGGCCAAAAUUGAGCCUAAGCCUAUCCCUCAGAGAGAAAGAGGAAGAUUUCCAGGCAAUAAAAGGCUCAAAGUUGGCAUUGAGACCCAAAAAGCGUCUCAAGUGUAUUCAGAAGGCAAUAGAUAAUCUUAGUCCUGGUGUUUGGCUUAGCGAUGUUUCUCAAGAACGGUAUGAAGUCAGGGAAAAUAAAUCCACAAGAAAGAGACCGAGGGGUUUGAAAGCUAUGCAAGGAGUAGCUAGUGACUUGGAAUAAGCAAGCUGUUUCAUCUCAACUGUACUUGCAAAAGAGUGACUAUUUCAAUGUAUGUAUCAUAAACCACAUUGGUUUGUCAGGUGAAACUGGAGAUCACCUAUUCAAUUUGUUUAGUACAUGACCAGAAAUUGCAAACCAAGCCUAGAAAUCUUGAGGAACUCUUGAUUGGUUUGCAAUGUAUGUGAAAUCAAAAGAAAUGUAUAGAAAUCAACACUAACAGUUAUGAUGGAUGUAAUUUUCUGACUUCCACUACAAUCCCAAAGCAUUAUUAUUGUACCAAUUCUUUAUUUGUUUUGACACAUUGCAAUUGUUUCAAUCUUGGGGAAUUCCUCAUAAUUAUGCAUUUGAAAG